AGGACGCCUCAUCCGUAACGGAUAAGGGGGGGAUCCCUUCCCGGCCAACACUCAACCUCCCUUCAAAAUCAAACACACAGCAUACGCUACACUAAGCCCCAAGCUCCUUGCCAGUGACCCCAUUUUCCGCCAUUUUCUGCACUUUAACUGCGUUAAAAGCUUGUCAAUUUGAAAACCCACAAGGUCAAUGAAGCUCUCGAGAAGAGACAUCCUUCAUGGACUUGCCUAGAUGCAAUCAGUAUUAACACUUGCUCCUGCUCUUCCUGCUGUUUCAGUUUAAAAGACAGCACAAUCACAACAAAAUCCAUUGCUCUAGGUGGGGAGGCCAUGGGUUCGAGAUAACAAGGUUUUGGGUAGACAUAUCGCUUUUCCAUUUGAAGAAAUAGAAGAAAACUGAAAAUGGCAUCUACAUCGAUUCUCCUCCCAUCAGGUCCUGCAUGUAUUACAAGUUUCAAAACCAAGCAGCAAACAACCACAAAGAGCCAAAUGCAAGGUGUUGCUAUACGUUGUUGCUCAAGUUCAGGGCUCAGAGUACAAGAUGCCACUGCUUCACAAUGUGGAAAAGUGUGUUCGAUCAAUCGUAGAGAUGUGCUAGGGAUGGCUUUUGGUCUCUCAAGUAUCCUAUUAUUUUCAUUUUCUUCUGAAGCAGCUGGGUUGCCUCCAGAGCAAAAACCAAGAUUGUGUGAUGAUGAUUGCGAGAAAGAGCUUGAAAAUGUACCUAUGGUAACUACUGUGUCGGGUCUGCAGUACAAAGAUAUUAAAGUUGGUGGUGGCCCUAGUCCCCCGGUUGGCUUUCAGGUGGCUGCUAAUUAUGUUGCCAUGGUACCAUCUGGGCAGAUAUUUGACAGUUCACUGGAGAAAGGUCAGCCUUAUAUUUUCCGCGUUGGAUCUGGUCAGGUGAUCAAGGGACUCGAUGAAGGGAUCCUGAGCAUGAGAGUUGGGGGCAAACGCCGUCUCUACAUUCCAGGAUCACUGGCAUUUCCAAAAGGCCUCAAUUCUGCUCCAGGAAGGCCAAGAGUAGCUGCUUAUAGCCCAGUUAUAUUUGAUGUGAGUUUGGAGUACAUACCAGGCCUCGAAUUGGAAGAGGAAUGAGACCAUUGACGGCUGAUCAGUCAUUUCUUACUGCUUAAAUGUUUAGUUAGUCAGAGAACAGAAAUGUGGGGAGUUCUUAAACUACAUGUAAACCUCCAUUUAUUCAUUUUUUUGAGCUAUCUAUAGCAAGUGUUUCUGUCCAAUGCCGCCUAAUCUUUGAAAGGUAUAGUUAGCCACUACAAUGGAUAGAAAAUCUUAAAGCCCCUUCAUUUGCAUCUUGAACUUUUCCUUUUAUCUGUUAGUAGCUGUUAAAGGAGCAUUAAAUAC